AUGAACUUAACAACCCCAACCUUGGGCGAGCCGGAUCCUUUAUUUGUCGCUAUUCGGCGUUAUCAUGCGAUAUACGAGCUGCUUCUGGCUGGGCUCUCGUUUUUCCUCAACGGAGUUGUGGUCUACCUGGCUCUGACAAUGAAAAACAAGACCAUGAGGAAUUAUUGUCGCAUUCUUUUGAUGAGUGUGAUGGGAGAUCUCAUUUAUACUAGUUUAAAUUUGCUUACCAUGACGGUAAGGCUUGAUAUUUUUUGUUUCUAAGAACUCAGUUCGAUUCUACAUAUGUAUAUCAGACAUGUCAUCAUCUUACACCUUUCCAGAUCGUCGAGAUCCGCGCUGGGAUGAUGUAUUUCAUCACCACCGGGCCCUACAUUCACAGCACCUACCCCAACAACAUGUUGAUGUGCGCUCUGUGGCUGACCGGCAUGUACUUUACAAUCAUGACCAUCAUGGUGCAAUUUGUCUAUCGGUACUAUACAUUAUGCAAAAGUGGACUGAGUGUGACAAGAUCUGUGUUAAUAUAUUGUCUGGGGAUGACUUGGUGCAUUGGCCAGGGAUUCGCGGCUUUUCUUUGUUUUGAGCCCGCAACCGAAAGGAAUACGAUAAUCCUCCAAGGACAUCCGUUGUACUCCUUUGAUACCCCGACGUUCGUCACGGGUGAUACGGUAAGCACGAAUUUUGAACUUUUCAUAACGUAAAGGUCCAGUACAACUACCUUUGAAAUGCAUUUUUGCGGCUUAGGAAACGAAAUGGCAAACUUUCUUUAUGUCCUAUAGAACAAAAACGGCAAGUUUGCAAACAGUAAAAUAAUUAUUAGGAAACACGUAUCACACUUUCUAGAAAAUUUUGUGGAUUCUUGAAACUUAUAAUCAUCGCCUUGUGGCCACUAGCGGCUAGCAGAUUUGGUGCGGAACUGCGGCGAGGCGAGACAUUUUGCACCGAAAAAACGCUGAUUUUUUGAUGAUGGUUGUUUGCAGGCCAACCUGGGGCCGAUUCUCCAUUUUGCCUGCAGUCAGAUAUCAGUUGUCGUUUUAUACGUUAUAAUCGUGACCACUGGAAAGAGAAUACAUAAGGCUUUGAAUUCCGACACACUAAAUAUGAGCAAGAAUACGAAGAACGCCCAAAAGAAAUUGAAUAAAGUCAUGGUAUUGCAGGUAAGAUAUUUGUUGGGAAAACACGGCUCAUUCUUGGUCAAAGUUCAAGAAAGCGGUUGUAUAAUAAUUUCAUCGUGUUCUAGGCGACCUAUCCCGGUCUAAUUGUAGGCCUUCCCGUUGUGCUUGCCACAGCGAUGGCUCAGCUCAAAAUGGACGCGUCUUGGAGCGGGAUGUACUUUGCUCCAUCAAUCUCCACAAUCCCAAUUAUCAACGCGUUCACCGUUCUGUUGGUCAUCCCAUCGUUCCGACGGAGGAUUCUGGGCAGUAAAGUCUCGACCGCACUGACUUCCACCGGCCAUGAUACCUCCUCCAAGGUUGAUCACAAGGUGUUACAUUUACAUUGGACAUCAAUUGCGAAAGUCAACGCCAGAGCUGAGAAUGAUGAGAAUAUUCUUAAUUGUUAUUAG